CGGCGCUGACAGCGCAUGUGGGAGCACAGCUGCUAGAGCUCAGUGCAUAUUUAGCGCUUUAAUUUUUCGCCCGUAAUAUAUUUGGAUCGAUUUUGUAGCUUAUUAGUACUUCUUUCUUUUUCUCGGCACCAUUGUAGUCGCGUCGUGUGGAUGUAAAUCGGAGGUUCAGACAUUUGCCGUCCUUUGUAAGGCGACGACCUCUCCGCGAAACGCGCAGUCCGUUCAACACAACACGUGACAUCCAUGGGUAGAGCCUGUCGUAUUGUCAACGAGCCUCCACCAACGGGCUGCAACGAAGCAGCCUUGUUAGCAACGGCACUACUGCUUACGCUACUUACAGACUAUACUCUGCUUGAAGAGGACUCGGAAGAAUCUGACGAAGAAAUCUGGGAAAACAACAGGCAAAAUGGUUAUGAUGGUCGGAAGACUGGGCAGCCUGGUCGCCCACCAGCACCAGCGACGCGUGCACCGAUUGCGACAAUUGAGGAACUUGACUGCUUCGACGACGACGUCCAACAAUCAGCAAGCGACGAAUCAUCAGGCAAACCAGCAUCGCAGCUGCACCUGCUGCCGUGUCAGCGGCCACGACAACAACGGGGACAACCGCACUGUUCCUCCGAACAACGUACAACCUCGUCUGGAUCCGGGCCAGCAGCGAGAGGCGGCAAGAAGAAACGCCGCAGCAGCUCAACGACGCAGAGGCUAGAGCUUCUCUAGUGAUGCGGCCGAGCAAGAACCACACCCCUAAGCCCCAAACCUUAGUAGUGGAGCUGUGGAAGAUUGCCAUGAACCCAAAACUUCAGGAGAGGCAAUACUGCGGUCGACUGAGAUGGUAGAGGUGGCCUACCGCGAGAAGGAUAACCUCCCCCGUCUCUUCUGAAAGCCCCUUUCCCAUUCCUUUAAGAUGAGAUGAAUAAAAUUGUCGCUCUCUCUC